AUGGCGCCCUCUAACGAGCUUCCUGCCCUGGAGUGGUCCGACAUGCCCAGGCGGCUCUUGAACAUUCUCGCACUCCUGCUGCUUGUCCGGUUUGGUCUCUUCUUGUACAGCGGUUGGCGCGUGCGGAUGAGAUUUCGAAACCUCCAAGAUGAAGGCAUUGCGAUCACUCCAGAGCACUCGCUCGUCUUUGGCCACCUCAUGCUUCUCAAACGCAUCCGCGACCUCUACCCCAAGGAUUCUACGAGCACAUAUGCGACUCGACACAUUGUCAUGAACUGGCGUGACUACUUCCCCAAGUCAACCACUUGCCCGUCCGUGAUCUACCUGGAUUUCUGGCCGUUCAGCAGCGAGCCGAUCGCCAUCAUCAAUGACCCGACAAUGUGCCAGACUGUUACGGCAGACCGUUUCCCAAUCCGCCAUGAACAAGGCAAAUACCUCGCAAGGACCAUGUCUGGCCCUCGAAACCUUUUCGCGUUCGACGGAGAUGAGCACAAGAAAUGGCGCGCUAGACUCAACCCGGGAUUCAGCGCCCGAAAUCUUCAGUCCCACAUCGCCGGUGGCAAGAUCGUGGAUGUUGGCAAGUACGACCCUCGCACUUAG